AUGUAUCACAUAUCCAUUUACGAUAAACGACAAUAUUUUUUGAUCAAUAUUAUUAAUAUCUGUAUAUUAUUAACAGCAAUACAUGAAACAAUUGCAAUACGAGAAACAGUACCAGCUGUUCGUGUGGUACGAUUUCAGGUGGAUUAUCCGAAUGCAUCACUUGGAAAUAUUCAAAAGGUACCAAAAUGGAAUUCCAUUAUGCGUAAUAGUGUUCUUGCUUCAUUACGUUUCAUCAAUAAGCAUUGGUUAAUUUGUGGUGGUUCAAAAUCUGAAAAGUAA